UAAUGACGUCGUAAGUGCGCGAGUCAAACGUAAUUGUUACCACAGCGGCCUGUGUGUGUUUUCACUCGAUCGCUGCAAUUUUUCUCUUUGGUGGAGGAUUUGUCUCUACAGUCCAUCACCAUCAUGAAACUAGUCAGGUUUUUGAUGAAGCUCAGCCAUGAGACUGUUACCAUCGAGCUGAAGAACGGCACUCAGGUCCACGGCACCAUCACAGGUGUCGACGUGAGCAUGAACACCCACCUGAAGGCGGUGAAAAUGACCCUGAAAAACCGGGAACCCACUCAGCUGGAGUCGCUGAGUAUCCGUGGCAACAACAUCCGCUAUUUUAUCCUGCCGGACAGCCUCCCGUUGGACACCUUGUUGGUCGACAUCGAGCCAAAGAUCAAGUCCAAGAAGCGAGAAGCAGUGGCUGGACGGGGGCGAGGCAGAGGACGAGGACGUGGCAGAGGAAGAGGAAGAGGACGGGGUGGACCAAGGAGAUGAUCCAAAGGCCUUAAAGCUGCAUCUCACCAUCCACUGUUUGUACAGGAAUUUUUUUUUUUUUCCCUACAAUUUGCUCAAAGGAAACCAUUUGUGAAUUUCAGUGUGUUUUUCAUUAUUUUGUACAUUAAAAAUGUUCCUCAUUAAGAGGAUAAA